AUGACUGGGAAUAUUAUACCGGCUGAUCUAUUAGAUUUGUCGACACCAAGUGUGAUUGAAGUUGUUCAAAGUCUGAUAAAUAAAUAUGAACGUUCAGAAAUUUACACCUGGCUUGGAACCAAUAUUUUAAUAUCAAUCAAUCCAAAAAGCGCCCGUCCACAAAACUACUCAUGUGAUAAUUGGAAUGACUUUAAUGAGAUUCCGGAUUGUUGGAGAAAGCCACACGUUUUUUCUAUGGCUGAAGAGUGUUUAUAUCAGUUAUCAUCGACACAAAAUAAUCAGUCGAUUAUUAUUACGGGCACAAGUGGGUCUGGAAAAACAGAAGCCACUAAACAUAUAUUACGCUACUUAACCUACAAAAGUAGUAUAAAGCGUCAGAAACAAAUAGCAAUAGUUGAAACUUAUAUUGAACACACACUUAUACAAUCGAAUCCUGUGUUAGAAGCUCUUGGCAAUGCUCAAACUCGAUAUAAUGAAAAUAGUUCACGUUUUGGCAAAUAUAUACGCCUUCUGUACGAUCGAAAUCAAAUUCUCGUUGCAGCAAAGUUGCAAAUUUAUCUUUUAGAAAAGCCUAGAGCUGUAUUCACUUCUCAAACGCUUUCCUCAUCAUUUCAUGUAUUUCGUUGGUUUUUGGAAUCUCUAUCAAAAGAAGAUCGAAUACAAUUUGGUUUGAUUGAUUGUCAUUAUUUAAUAAAUGAUAAUGAUGGUCGUGAUGAUUUUGUGUUACAAAAGUCACAUUCCAAUUGGUCUUGCUUACUUGAAGCAUUUCAAUCAUUAAAUAUUAAAGAUGAAAAAUUGUUUGAAUUUUAUAAAUUACUAAGUGUAAUUUUACUAUUGAAUAAUGUACAUUUCAUUUCUUCGGAGUCUUGUGUAAAUAUUAACUUAAGUCAAAUAAAUUCAUCAUGUCUACCGUCUAACUCACCAUGUCAUUCAUCAAAAUUGAAUGAUCAACAAAAUUAUCGUCACCAACAUCAAGAACGUCAGUAUUCAGAUGAUCCUGCCAGUUUAGCCACUAUUUCUAUCGAUGAUAUACAGAAAAUUACAAUGGCCGGUAAACUCUUAGGUAUUCCAGACGGUGAAUUGCUUCAUAGUUUUCCACAACAAUUUAUAACACGUCUUGUUCAAGCUGGUUCCAACUCACAUCAAUCCAGACGAGCGACAACUUAUAAAUGUGCGUGUACAGUUUCUCAAGCUCGAGAACAACGUGAUUGUUUUGUAAAAGCUUUAUACAAUAGUCUAUUUCAUUUCAUGGUCGAGUUAAUAAACAAACAGUUGAAUUUUGAUAAUACUGAAGGUGUUGUUAAUGAAUUGGGUAUCCUUGAUCUAUUCGGUUUUGAAUGCUUAGAUGUAAAUAGUUUCGAACAGUAUUGUAUUAAUUAUGCCAAUGAACGUUUACAUCAAACGUUUAUGCGUAUUGCUGUUACGAAUGCAUGGGUGGAAUUAGAAGAGGAAGGAUUAUCUUUUCAAUCUGUAGAUAAUUUAUUGCCAACUGAUACUACCACCACCACCACCAAUGUUACCAAUCCUACUAAUAUGACUAUUACUGAUAGAAAUAUUGAUGAAUACAAACCCCGGUUAGAUUCAUCAUUGGAAAAAUGUUAUAAUACACAUACUGUGAAAGCGAUAGAAACAAAUGCCAAUUUAUUAGAAGAAGUUUGUCUUUUAAAUCGUGUUCACAAUGUGAAUUCUUCCAUGAAAUUAUCUUCAACUACAUCUUCUAAUCAACUAUUAGAUCCACGUGAAUUAGAUUGGAUUAAUAAAAUGCAAUCAGUGUUUACCAUACCCAAUAGUUCAAUUUAUUGUUUAUAUGAUGAACAGAUUGUUCGAUCACCCCGUAUGACCAAUACUAAGAAACAUACACAACCAACAUCUUGUUAUGUAAUCAAUAAACAACCAAUUACUACACCAUCUCCGUCAAAAUUUAAAACUUAUUCAAAAUCAGCAUGUGAUCGUUUCAUUGUGAAACAUUAUGGUGGAUCUGUUACAUACUCUGUAUCAGGCUUUGUGACUAAAAAUCUUGAUCGUCUACCAGUACAUUUAUUGACAUGGGUAAAAGAUUCUUGUACUUCUACACAUGAUGGUGACAAUAAUAAUCUUACUACUACUACUACUACAAAUAAUAAUAAUAAUCUUAUCUAUUUAAUUCUAAGUCAUGCAUUAGAUACAAUUCUGAGUAAUAAUUUAAAGCAUCAAAUGAAAAGUUCUGCACAGAUACGAUCACCUUUACAACAAAUAAACCAUAUUAAUGAUAAUCAAAUAAAUAACAUUUCAGGCGAUGAUCAACAUAAUGUGAAUAAUUCUAUUUCUCCUACAAAUAAUCGAUUGAAUGCUAACAAUACACGUCGUUUGAAUACCGUAUUUGGUAAUUUUAAAUCAUCUGUAGAUCAAUUGCUUGAUUGUCUCAAUUGUCAUAAUUUAUUUUUUAUACGUUGUAUUCGACCGGAUUUACCUUCUGAAUUGAAUUGUUCAACUAUCAACUCAUUAUCUAUUAUUGAUCGUAAUUAUAUACAAGAUCAACUUUUAACUAGUGGUCUUUUAGCUGCAUUGGAAGUUUUACGUUCAACAUACUAUGCAAAGUAUACAUACAAGGAGUUUAUCAGUCAGUACAGAGUAUUUUGGCAAUUAAAUCCUCAUCCACCAGCUAACCAAUUAAUGGAAACUGAAUUCUCUUUAUUAAAUUCAUGGUAUCUUAAGUUAAUUCAACUAAAUCGAUCAACAUCUAAACGAACACAACUUAAAUUACGUCGAGAAACAAGUGAAUCAACCAUUCAACAACAACAACAAUUUGUUCUUAUUAUGUUAACACUUGGAUUAAAUUUAAUUCCAAUCAAUUGUUGUUAUGAAACUAAAGUUUUAAAUAAGGAGAAUCUAAAUAUUUCUAAUCAAAUAUCUUUACAAUUUCCAAUUAUUCAUCAAUUUGGUCGUACAUGUAUUCAUUUAACAAAAAGUCAAUUUCAACAUUUAUUUACCUUGAAAGAAUUCAUGUUAAAUCGUAAUGUGAAAGUGAUACAACGUUUUUUUAAAAGAUAUCUACAAUAUAAAACUGCUGCAUGUCGAAUUCAAAAUUGGUGGCGAAAAAUACUCAACUAUCGUAAGAAUAUAUCUUAUCAUCAAUUACACAGUAUAAAUCUUGUAUCUUCCUUGUCUAAUAAUAAUAUUAAUAACACUACUAAUCAAUCUGAUAAUGAGUAUACUCUCAGUUCAAAUUUACCGACACAAUCUAAAGAGGCGAAAACUAUCCAAUCUAUAUUAUCACCAUCAUCGCCGACAUUCAUAAUAGAAUCACUUGAUAAUUGGCCAACAUAUCAACAACAUAUUCUAUCACGUCGUUAUUUACCAAUCCGAAAUAAUCAUCAUACAAGAAUCGUUUGUCAAUCGGAUUAUCAUAAUAAUAAUAAUAAUAAUUUAAUUAAAAAACAAUCAAUUUUAUUAAAUUAUUUAAUACCAUAUUCGUAUAAAAAUCAUAUUUUAAAAUUUUUUGAUACUAUAGAACCUAUUCAAGGUAUUUUUGAUAUUUUAUUAUAA